AAUAACGUCACAGCCCCCUCUCUCUGCCGUAGUUCUCUUCAUUGAUUCGAUCGAUCCAUCUCCCCUUGCUCGUUUCCUCUCGAUUCCAUUAUUCGUUAGUCCUACCGUCUCCAAUUCGGUUUUUUUGGGUUGAUACAGUGCCCUUUAACCGGAGGAAUCGAUUCAGGGUUCGAACAGAAGAUGGAGCCGAUGGACAUCCUGGGGAAAUCGAAAGAGGACGUCUCACUGCCGAAAUCCACAAUGUUCAAGAUUAUAAAGGAGAUGUUACCACCUGAUGUUCGUGUCGCUAGAGAUACCCAAGAUCUUCUUGUGGAGUGCUGUGUAGAAUUUAUAAAUUUACUUUCUUCUGAGUCCAACGAUGUAUGUAAUCGCGAGGACAGACGGACAAUUGCACCAGACCAUGUGCUCAAAGCUUUGGAGGUUCUUGGAUUUGGUGAGUACAUUGAAGAAGUUUAUGCUGCAUAUCAACAGCAUAAACUGGAAACUCUGGACUCACCAAAAGGUACUAAAUUUGGUGGUAUGGAGAUGACGGAGGAACAAGCAGCAGCAGAGCAACAGAGGAUGUUCGCCGAGGCCCGUGCGAGGAUGAACAAUGGAGUGAGCUCACAAAAGACGUCAGAAUCCGAUCCCACUCUUGAGAGCUAAUCAAAUCAUACUUAAAAGGAUUAUGUAAAGCAUCCUUAAAAGUGGCACAAUUUGAGCUAUUUGCAGUCUGACUCCAGUUUGUACAACUGGUUAUUUUCUAUGACAAUCAUCUGAUACGUAGCAGUAUAGUUUAUAAAAGCCAGAAUAUUUUUCUCA